UUUUCUCGAGAAUCGAGCCGCGAAGCAGACCUCUGGUACCGGUUUCAAUUUGGAUACAGUCGUGAGCGUAUAUCCCUUCCAACCAUUCUAGCCAAUGAUACAUCUCGAUCAUAAUCACCACCCGUCUCCCCUUUCCCCCCACCAAAAGAAUCUUAUCCUCCCUACUGACCACAAAAUACUUGCCUGGUCGGAUGACCAUCCCCCCAUUCACGACUUUAUUCCCGACGCCACCACUCUUGACCACCAACCUCCACCACCUCCACCACCUCCACCACCGCCGCCACCGACCGUGCCCUCCACAGAGGCUCUGGACGACAACAGCUCUUCCCUCCCCUCAGAGCCCAAGAUACCAGCAUCGUCGCCACCGGAAGACAAAGUCACCGUAGAAGACAAGUCCUCGCGCCAGUCAACGCCAUUGAGCGAGCUCUCGCCGCCGCCCGAUGACUUUGAGGCAUCCGAUGGACCGGCACCGGCAGUGAAGGAGGAGGGGGACGGUGCAGGGUCUUCUUCUGCUGCCAACCAGAAUGAUCUCACUGAGCCUCAAGCGUCCGAUGCAGCUUUGCAGCUGAACGGCCUGGCCUCCUCACCCACCAGUCGCAGCACACCCUCCUUUGAUUCAAUACCGACGCCCUCCGGUUCUGCUUCUCUUUCCACUUCUCUUUCUGGCGAUAUAAAGGUCAUCUCGAUACUGGAACUCAACACUGAGCUCCUAAAAGUUUGCAUGGAAUUCCAAGGACGAGGUAUUACAAUAACCGACGCCAGAUACCAUCAAUACUCCACACGUCUUCAGUCAAACCUUACGUGGUUGGCAGCAGCUGCAGAUCAGAGCCGCCAAGGGAAUCAAAAUAGCAUGCAAUUACCCACAAUGGAUCCCCCUUCAGCAAAUGAUCUCGUUCCCAUUACCCGUAUUCAACAAAUAUACGCAGAGUUGCCCACCUUAUUUUCCAAAGACAUCGCAAGGAGACAGCAGAUGCUUGCGCAACAGAACGCGGUAUCAGUUCCGAAUAAUUUAAAACGAGACCGAUCAGAGGAUGCACUCGGGGACAUGAUGAACAAACGUAGGGAUACUGGUGAGAGCAAGGGCAUGAUGCGACCUCCAUCAGGGCCGCCAAGUGUCAAUCAGAACCCCUUCCCUAUGACGAACGGUACCCAACUCCAAGCCACCCCUUCCCUUCCCUUAUCUGAUCCUUCGCUUGCGACGACCCCUGGUCUGGCAAAUAUUAAUGCCUCCGAGGUAGCUGCCGCGAACCGGGAACGUGUUCGACAGGCGCAAAUACGGGCAGCUCAGUUGCAGCAACAACAGCAGCAACAACAACAACAACAGCAGCAGCAGCAACAGCAGCAGCAGCAAGCAGCCCGACAAAUGUCGCCGCCUUCCUCUACGCCUGUCCCACCUAAUCCUAUGCAACAACCACAGCAGAUGAUGCCAAACGCCGUCGCGGGACCUUCGAAUCUUUCCGCGAACGGCAACAACCCCUUGGCCUCGAUGCCGCCCCAAUUCCAACAAGCCUAUAAUAUGCUCCAAAAUCCUCAGCACCCAUUCACGCAAUACAUGAUCCGCAAUGUCUCCAACUUCACGCAAAUGUCCAUGCAGCAACAGUUGCAGCGGAUGAUCAUAGCACAGAAUGCUAUGCAAGCCAAGCAACAGGAGCAUCAGAACCAGCGAAGUGCUGGACAGAUGCAGCAGCAGAUGACUGGAAUGCCAAAUCCAAUGCAAGCUAAUGGUCCGAUGCCGGGUGGACCGUUUCCGGGACAGGCCAGUCCAGUUUCACCUCAGGCACAGGCAUCUCAAAUGGUGAAUCCUAUGGGAAUGGGCCCCGGAAUGAUGAAUUCACCGCAGAUUCCGGGGGGGAUGAAUAUGAAUAAUAUGAAUCUACAUCAGCGGCAGUUCAUGCUCAUGCAGCAGCAGCAGCAGCAGCAGCAACAGCAACAGCAACAGCAACAGCAGCAACAGCAGCAGCAGCAGCAACAACAGCAACAGCAACAACGCCUUAACAUGCAGCAGCAGCAAGCCAUGUUACAGGAGCGAUUUCGGAUGGAGCAAGAGCGGAUGGGCCAACAAAGGCUACAGGCACAGCAGCAGCAGAUUAACAAUUCACCACAUGUAGGCUCUCCGUUGACUCUUCCCGGUGGCGGCAAUGACAAUUUUCCCGCGCUGCGUUCAAAUUCCACGAUACCGGGGAUCGCACGGAGUACAAGGUCCCCUUCGGAUGGCGCCCCUUCACCUAUGACGCCACGGAUAACGCAGAGGGGUGUGUCGGUGGGACAGGAAGACUUCCAGAGGAUGAUGAUGCAGCAGCAACAGCAACAGCAGCAGAAUCAACAGCGAGGGAUGCAGCAGGGAUUCAACCCUCAGCAGAUGCAGCAGCAACAGCCGACACAUUGGCAGCAGCAGAUGGGAGGGCAUAACCAGGGCUUUGGGAUGUCGCGACCACCGAGCGCUGGAUUUGGUGUGCCGUCUCCACCUGGUGGUGGUGGUAAUUGGCAGCAGGGAGGUGGUGGGUCAUACCCCUUUGCGCCAUCACCAGGAUCCCAUUCUGAUCUGGCCCAUACCCCUCGACAUAUGUCAGCGACACCAAUACCUCAGCAGAUGCAUUCUCAAAAUAACACACCGACUGUGGAGCCUCCCCUCCCGACUGACCUCGACUUGUUCAACUGGGCGCAGUAACGCUAUGCUUUUUACCCCCUUCGUUCAUGAUUUUAUCUGUUUUUUAUCACGUCUGUCGUUUUAUUAUCCUGUUCAGAUGAUCCCCACUCUUUUUGAGUGUUCUAUUCUUACCUACGGUAUCCUUG